AUGUCACGCCUUGAAAAAGUCUUUCUAAUGAACGUCUCUCUUUAUAUAAACACAGUCGAGUCAAUCAGAAAUUUUAUGAUGGUUAACAAACAGUGUCUUGAAGCGAUUAAAAUGCUUCACAUCAAUUCAUACAUCGACGUUUCGUCUUACGUUUUUUCUUGUGAGAUUUCUUCAUCACAAACAUUUUACUCUCACAUCGCUGACUUCAUUUUCAGAGUGUUUGAGAACAUCGAAACACUCCAGUGUUGUGCUUAUAUGUUAGAAAACUGUUCUUUUGAGAAGUACAACGACAGAAUCCAAAGCAUUGUUAUCGUUAAAACCGCACAAAACAAAUUUAGUUUCAAACAACACAGACAUAUGCCGAGUUGCGUGUUACCAAAGAUAAAAAGCGUCUUUAUAGAUCCAUUUAAUUUCUUUAGAUUAAGAGUUGAUCAAUUAACGAAUCUAAAAAUAGUAAGUCUCUGUGCGUGGAAACUACCGAAGUAUGUUCUAAGAGAUGUUUAUGAGAGCAACUCCGUUACAACUGCCUCAUUUUGGCGCUGUGCAAUUCCAGAGUUCUUACUCAAAAUAUGUCGGCAAAUCGAACUCCGCAAAUCAAAGUUUAUGAAAGAAAUUGAGACCACUACAGUCAUUGAAAGCACAGUAUUGACUAAAGUGUAUACAACAGAUUUGUCUCAAGCAGUUGUAGAACUGAGAAAGAACAACGUCAAAGUGCUCAAUUUUUCAAGUCCACAAAUGUUAAGUAAAGAAGAACAAAUUGUGUUGGGCGACGACAGAUAUAGUGGAGAAGUCUUUGUGACGACGUCAAAAGCAUUACUGGAAGACAGAGUUUAUGUGAAAAAGUAUUAUAACAAUGAGAAGUACAAUAUCGACAAAUUUGAUGAUAAAAUAACACAGCAAAUUGUUGGUGAAAAGUGUGAAUUAAAUACCAACAAAAAACAAGGCAAAAAGCCGUAUUUGGGGUUUACAUUGACAUUACACUCGCCGUUGGUGUUGGUUGAAAAUGGUGUGAGAGAGAUAGUUAUAUUGUCGCGACGAUCUGUGUGUGUCAAUUUAUCCAAAUUACAACAUGUGACAAUCCGUCUAAUUUAUUGUUCGUCUUUCACAAUUUCAAAUUCGAAUGACAUUCUUUGUGAUUUCAAGUGUGUGACAAUUGCACAUCUGAACAAGUUAGUAAAUGGAAUUGUUGAAAUUGGCGAUUAUUGUGAGUCUUUGGUGAUCCACUCAGAGUGCAAAAAUUGCUCUGUUACUUCAGCAAACCACACAAACAGCAAUUUGAUGCCAAAAAUCACAAAAAUUGAAAUGAACUUUUGUGAAAAUGUGAACAUCGAAAAGCUCGACAUUGGAGAAGUGUUUUGUUCACACGUGAAAACUUCGAAAAUUGAGAAUUGUGUCAUUGGUCACGUUACAUUUAGAAAUUGCACCGAGUGCGAAUUUCUUCGCACAAAUUGCCCAAAAAGGGAGUGUAACAAAAUUACAUUCACGUCACAAAAAAAUGAAAAAAAGUGCAGACGCCUUUAUUCAUUAAAGUCCUCAACAACCCACGACGAAUUCACAAACAACGUUAACUGCAGGUUUGUGUGCUUCUUAAACGGGAAAACUUCUAUAUCAGAAAACGAACUUUCGCAAUUCCAGAAUGCCGAAAUACAACAACAAAAGAACUUGUUUGUAAUGGCAAAAAGAGUCGUCUUUGUUGGGAAAAAAGUAAAAAAGUUGCACUUUGACAGAUUGCCACCAAAUGACCAAUUCAAAAAGUUUAACAUCACAUUUGAUCGAUUUUUUGUGGGUGAAAAAAUUGAAAUUAAUUCUGCAAAAUCAGUGAAGUACAAAAACGGUGAUGUAAAAGAUUAUUAUUACGGCCCAUCAAUACUUUCUAAUGUGAAAGUCAAACAUUGCAAAAACGCGAAUUUGUAUUUCAAAAACAACGAAUUGGUGGUCGAUAAAGUCAGUGGCAUCGUGACAAGAAAGUUUCUUGUGUCAAACAAAUGUUUUUAUGCAAAAGACAAUGAGAAAAAGACACUCUUUGACUGCGAUUGUGCCAUUUUCGAUGUGAGAACAAACUCCGAUGUGUUCGAUUUGUCAAUGUAUGAAGGCAAAAAGGUUGUAAUUACAAAUAUCAAAAAACAUGUCAUUUCGUGUAAAAAACUUGUGUUGAGUGAUAAAGUCGAAGAGUUGGAACUCCAAGAAAUUCAAUUUGAAGAAGUCGAAGGAACUGGUCUGAAGAAAGCGAGAAAUUUGAAUGGAAAAAUCGUGAAGACAAUUUUGUGUGAGAAGUGUGAAAAGGUGUUCAGGAAGAAAUGUGAGGAAAUUGUAUGCUCGGACAACGUCGAAAAAGUUGUGAUUGGAAAUUGCAAAAAGUUGGUGAAAAUCAUUUUGUCUGAAAACACAAAGAUACUACACAUCCAAAACUGCCCUAAAUUAACUCAUAUUGAGGGUAUCAAACAAGUUGCAACUCUCACCAUUAAAAAUUGUGAAAAAUACAUUCAUUAA